AUACGACGCAGAACGUAUUGGAUUAGGUUUAGAACCUAUUAAACCAUUUAGCAACUAUCGGGAACCAAUCCCCGAAGGUUAUAAUCCAGAUGUUCAUGUAGUUGGAAAAACUAACCCUGAAGAUGGUCCUGUUACCCAAUUUGCAUUUUCGGCACGUCCUGCUGGGGCGGUUCCAAAAGAUCUUACUGGUAAAGAUCCACUUAAAAUUUCUGAUUUAGAAGAAGCAAGAGCAAAUAUUACAAAAGCUAUUCAGCAAGGUAAAUUUGAUAAUGGUAAACCAAUUACAGCUGAUUUGUUGGGUAAUGUGAUUCAAUCUACAACAAUUGAAUUGAAGGAAUAUAGAAAAUAUGGAGAUUUACAUAAUAAUGGUCAUUUCCUAUUGUCUUAUGUUCAUAAUCCCAAUGCUGAUGAUAAAAAAAAUAACCCAGGAAUUCUUAUAGAACCAAGGUCUGCAGUUCGUGAUCCAUUAUUUUUCAGAUGGCACAAACAUAUUGAUGAAUUCUUUGUAUCAUGGCAAAAAACACUUCCUCCGCACGAUUUCAAAGAUUCACCACCUGUUAAAAUCCAACAAAAUGGGUUCAUACUUGCAUUCAAAGAUAAAAUUCCUGGAAUUAAGGGUUUAGGUGAUGUUGAACAAGAUAAAUUGGCUAGUAAAUGGGGUGAGGAGCAUUUUGGUGGAGCUAAUUACAUCAAAGAUCCUGAUGAUGGAGAUGAAGCAGAAUUGGACAAAUUGGAU